UGCUGACUCCUGCCAUGACCCACAGGCCCAACAGCUUUUCAGCACCAGCAUGUAUAAAUAGGUCCGUUUUCUCUGGGGGCAGGACAUCGUUUUUGUGGAGCCCCCCGUGAGCACUGUACAGCUAUUCUUUGGGGCCAGUCAGGUGAAUCAGCAGUAUCAUGGCUCUGAACAAUCCCAACCCACUGGGACCAUGGAAGAUUACAGUUUAUGACCAGGAGAACUUCCAGGGGAAGCGUCUGGAGUUUACCUCAUCCUGCCAGAACAUCAUGGAGUGUGGUGUGGACAACAUCCGCUCCCUGAAGGUGGAGUGUGGAGCCUGGACCGGAUAUGAGCACUCCAGCUUCUGUGGACAGCAGUUUGUGUUGGAGAGAGGAGAGUAUCCUCGCUGGGAUUCAUGGAGUGGCAGCAACGCCUACCACAUUGAGAGAAUGAUGUCCUUCCGGCCCAUUUACUCUGCUAAACACAAGGAUUCUAAAAUGGUGUUGUUUGAGAAGGAAAACUUCAUUGGCCGCCAGUGGGAAAUAAGCGAUGACUACCCCUCUCUGCAGGCCAUGGGUUGGGCCAACAACGAGAUUGGAUCUAUGCUGAUUCAGAGCGGAGCCUGGGUGUGCUACCAGUUCCCUGGUUACCGUGGUUACCAGUACAUCAUGGAGUGUGAUCGUCAUGACGGCGAGUACAAACAUUACAGAGAGUGGGGCUCCCAUGCUCAGUCCUUCCAGGUGCAGUCACUGCGUCGAAUCCAGCAAUGAGUCCUGCAGCCCCCUUUCCUGACCUCCUACUCUGCGUUCUCCACCUCCUCCUCCUUCUCCUCUUCUUCCCUUCACCCAGCCAUUCCAAGCUUCAGCCAGCUCUAUCAGGCAUGGAGACCCGAGGCUGACUCUCUGGCACUUAACUAUCAAGAUGUUUACAGCACUUUUGUUUUGUUCUGUUGCCGAAUAAAAAAAUUAAGAAAAUUGAUGGAAAGAAUACAGAGCCACUGAAAAAAAUAAGGUUGCUGACUGAUGCCCCACUGAGGAGAAAAGAAGAUAAAGUUAAUGGGCCUCAUGAUGACAGCUCAGACUCAGUGCUGCAGUGUUUCAUAAAGAAGGAAAGGGCAACUUAAAAAGCAAUACAGAAAUCUGC